AUGAAGUUCUGCAAAAAAUACCAGCAAUACAUGCAAGGCCAGGAGAAUAAGAAACUUCCUGAGGUUGGAUUGAAGAAGCUCAAGAAGAUCUUGAAGAAGUGCCGUAGAGAUCAUUCUCAUUCUCAUUCCUAUAAAGCAUCUCAAACCUGUCCCAACCAGUGCCCAGUGUGUGAUGGAACGUUCUUCCCUUCACUUCUGAGUGAAAUGUCUGAGAUAGUUGGAUGCUUUAAUCAACGUGCACAGAAAUUGCUUGAGCUUCAUCUUGCUUCUGGUUUCAGAAAGUACCUUUUAUGGUUCAAAGGGAAGUUUCAUAAAAAUCACACUGCUCUUAUUCAAGAAGGUGAAGAUCUUGUUACUUAUGCACUCAUCAACGCUACCGCAAUCCGUAAAAUUCUAAAGAAAUAUGAUAAGGUUCAUUAUUCGAAACAAGGGCAAUUGUUUAAGUCACAGGUCCAAAGUAUGCACAAGGAAAUUCUACAAAGUCCAUGGCUUUGUGAGCUUAUGGCUUUCCACAUCAAUUUAAGAGAAACUAAGGUCGAUUCAAGGAAGGAAACAGCUUUGUUUGAUGAAUGUUCUUUAACAUUUAAGGAUGGAAAACCAUCACUUACUUGUGAGCUAUUUGAUUCUGCAAAAAUUGAUAUUGACUUGACUUGUUCUAUAUGCUUGGACACAGUGUUUGAUCCAGUUUCUCUAACUUGUGGUCAUAUAUUCUGUUACAUUUGUGCUUGCUCGGCUGCAUCGGUAUCUAUUGUCGAUGGACUUAAGGCCGCAAAUCCUAAACAAAAAUGUCCUCUAUGCCGCGAGCGCGCGACUUAUGAAGGUGCUGUGCAUUUGGAAGAACUUAAUAUUCUGUUAGGCCGAAGCUGCCAGGAAUAUUGGGAACAAAGGCUUCAAUCUGAGAGGGUAGAAAGGAUUAAGCAAAUAAAGGAACAUUGGGAUUCACAGUGUAGAGCUUUCAUGGGUGUUUAG